AUACGAAAAUAGGAAGAAAAUUACGAUGAACCCUAGUCGUCUCUCAAUCUGAAACAAAAUCUCAGCUGCUUUGAAUUUCGAUGUCACGCUCCAAUCUGAAACGCUCCUUCGAAGACGACGACAUGGCCGGAAAGCCUCCGCCGGCGAAGAAGGUUAGGUUUCCGAAGGGGAAGAAGGUGAAGCCGGAAGACGAACAAGCCAGAGUCGGUGGCGGUGGCGAUGCGAUCGGUCCGACGCCGCAGACGGAUCCUAGCCUCGCCGCGAAAGAGCGGGCGAAGCGCCGCAGCAGCCAAAUCUCCGAGCUCUGCAAGGACGACGACGCCUCCGCUGCUGAGGUCAGUUACCGGGGACUGGACUACGAGAAAUUCGUCGAGGACGGCGUUCAGUUUGAGCCGUUUAACUUGGAGAAGGAGAGAGAAGAAGGCUAUUUUGAUGCGGAUGGGAAUUUUGUGGAGUAUGUGGAGAAGAAUCAAGUGAAGGAUGCUUGGCUUGAUAGCAUCACCAAAGCUGUUGAUCCAGAAACGACGAAGAAAUUCGCUGAGAAAAACGGUGGUGGUGGUGAAGGUGAUGAUGAAGUUGGUGAGGAUUUGAGUUCCGAUGAGAUUGGGAAGAUUAAGAGGCGGAUUGCGGAUGUGCUGGAGCCUGAGGAGACUGUGUUGCAGGCUCUGAGGAGGCUGAAGGGGAACAAGAAGGAGAAGAUGUCGGCGGAGACGAAGGCGGUGUUUGAUCAGUUGACUGAGGAUGCUAUGGUGUUGAUGAUGAAGAAUGGGGAGAACAAUGUGUAUGAUGAGGAGAAGGAGGUUUUCGAGAGGGAGGCGCAGGGGUAUGAGAGUUUGGCUAAGGCGAGAAUGGGGGGAGGGAAGUCGAUAUUGGAGGAGCUCGAAACUGAUGCUGGGACGUCGAAUUCGAUUGCGUCCAUUGGUGGUGGUGGUGUGGCUGAUGAUGAUGCAUUCGAUAUGUUUGGGGAUGAUGAUGAUGAGCCUGCAGUUGUGGCGAAUGCUGCUGCGCCGGGUUUGGAGAAUAAUGGUGGAGGAUUGGGGAAUGAUUAUGUGUUUGAUGAUGCUUCUGGGUACUAUUAUAGUCACAGCUUGGGGUACUAUUAUGAUCCAACUACAGGGUUGUAUUGCUCAGCUGCUUCGGGGUUGUGGUACUCGUACAAUGAGGAGACUGGGGCAUAUGAUGAAGUCGCACACCAGGCACCUGAGGCUGCCGCCGCUGCUGUGAAUUGAGAAGGGAACAGCCAUAGAUACUUAAUGCUUCAUGAGUUUUGUGCAAAGUUUGUAAUGAGUUCAAUACUGAUGUCAGUUCUAUUUUCAAAUGACAUUAGAGCAUCUCUGUAGUCUUGAUCA